AUGAGCCUGGACUCCCUCUUCCAGCAAAUUCUCCUCACGGAGCAGCAAGCAGAGAAGAAGCGGCGCCUCAUGCACCAAGUUAAAUUAGACGUAAACAGAAGUCAUGAAAAAAUUAAGCAAAUAACAGAAGAGCUGAAUGAAGCAAAAAUAAAGUUAGAAACUAAGGUUCAACAGCUGUCUGAAAAGCUCUUCUACUUACAGCUUUUGAAGAAACGUGAAGACAUCUUAGAGAAAAAGAAAGUUGAACUUAUGAAUCAAAGGAGUAUUUUUCUCAAAAUCUUUUCAGAUACAAAGAGGAAAAUGAUUGAAGAAGAGGAGAAUUUUAUGAAGGAAAUCACAGAUUUUAACAAUGAGUAUGGACUAACAUGUAACAGAGAGCUUUUGAUUAGAAAAAAAGCCAAGACUGAAAUAUGUGACUUAGAAACUCAGGCAAAUAUUUUGAAAAAUGAAAUGGAGUCAAUGGAAUGUGAAAAUGUUCAGUUAAAUGCACUCCAGCUGCAGAAGAAUGAAUUAAAGCAGGAUUUAUUUACUCUCCAGAGCAAACUCAAAGAUACUGAAGAACAACUACGUGAAGCUGAAGACAUUACAAAAUGUUUAGAAGCAGAAAAAGUCAAAGUUAGUGAAAAGCCUCAGACUGACAUUGAAUGUUUAAGGAUUAAAAAAGAACUGGAAAUUUACAAAGGAGAUGACUUGGAGAAUGUUUGUGAAGCUCUUCAAACAGAAAUUGAAUUUCUGCAGAUGAAAUUAUCACAGAAGUCUUCAGGCAAAUAAAUAAUAUACAGAAGACUGAUUUAAAUGUCACAGAAAUCAGUCUUUGCAGUACUUUAACUACACACAUUUUAGUAAGCCUUUGUUAUUAAGCUGUCAUCCUUCAUAUUUCUUGUUGGGAAAACAAAGAUUCUGUUUCUCAGUAGAUUUUGUAACUUCUCCUUUUGCUGUUUAUUAAUGUGGGCAUUUGGUUACUUCAAAAAUAAUAUUUUUGCUGUUUUGGCAGUGAUCCCAUUCCCAUAUUCAACAGGAAUCCCUGCCUAGGCUGUUCCUUUACCAUCUCUGAAUAUGGCACACAAGCCAGUACAGAUACAAUAGAGUCUAUAACUAACUCCAUUCUGAGUGUACCAUUUUCCCUGUGUAUCCACUUUCAUCAUAUUCCUCCUCUUACCAGGAAAGGUAAUAGCAUGGGUCUCCUCUGCGACAGACACCUAUGCUGCCAGCAGGAGAUAUUUCCAUGCCAUAUGGUUAUUUAUACCUUAAAAGAUCAAUUGUGCAAGCUUCAUAAAGCAGACCAUAACCCAGAAGUACAAAAGUGAAAGACCAGAAUAACUUCUAUGGAGUGGCAGCAACCACAAAGCCAUUCUGCUAGUUAGUACAUGUUUUCUAAUUACACCUCCGCUCCAAAAAAAAAAUCACUAUCUUAAUUCUCAUCCGUUAACAUUACAGACUAAAUCCUAUUCUCAGUGCGUGGUACAAGUAAUUGGGCUGUUUGAUGAGGAUUUCCUUGGGGUUUAGAUUUAAGGAAUCCUCCCCCACUCAAUUUUGUAUGUUCCAUGAUUGCCACUUCAGCCUCAGGUCCAUUGCCCAGGGUACUCUACAGGUGUGGAGGAAGAUGGGGGGGAUGGAAGGGGGUGUGGAUCUAUUUGUUCCCAGUGAAAUACUGUAUCCAAGCUCCACAAUGCAUAUUUUCUUACAGUUUUUGGAAACUGACCACCCCCUUGUAUCUGAGAUGGAGGGAGAGAGUUUAUCCCUAUAAGGAGCUAAUUCUGCAGUUCAAAAAUCCAGCAAAUUCUCAUUGACUUUAAUAGCAGUUUUGUCCAUGUAUGGAUUGAAGAGUUGGUCCCAAAGCAUACUCUAAAACCACCUAGUCAUAUAAAGUAGGAAUUAUUACCAUUACCAAUAACUAUUGCUGUUAAAGUCGAUGAUGACAGUUGACUUCAUAAUUAAUAUUAAAGUGUUUUUUUCAUGGGAGUUCUUUUAGGCCUUGAUUCAGCAUAGCACUUAAGCAUAAGCUUAACUUUAAGCAUAUCAGUAGUCCCAGUGACGUCCAUAAUACUAGUUGCCUACUUAAAGUUACACGAGUGCUCAAGUCCUUUGCUGAAUUGAGUCAAAUUCUGAGGUGGUGUAUAAGGAGAUACAAGUUAUGUCAGAAAAACCUCAAGGUGGCUAAACUGGUGUAAUUUACAUGCUAUGCAACUGGAAGAGAGUGAAAAUUACAUAAAUCUGGGCCUUCUCUGUACUGAGAUUAGGACUUUCCUGCCUUGUUUAUUCAGAUAAUGUCAUUGACAUUGAUUGUCCUAGCCAUGAGAAUCAACUGACUAGGAUUUGACUCCUAAUCUGGUGAAAACCUGUUAUUAAUAUUCAAUCUCCAUAUGCAUGUGUUUAAAUUGUUCAUUUACAAGUCUUCUUUGUGUCUCUUUUCCGAUAGUAUUAGUUAUGGGUAGCUAUGCAGCCCAAACAUAUAA